AUGAGACACUCCUUGCUGGACUUGGCUCUUCUUCUGUCCGGGGUGCUCGCAGAGCCCUUCCAGGCCCCCUUGCAGGAAGACAUCAUAGCACCUUCUUACAGUGUCAAAACAUGCUCACCCGCCGACUCUUUUACUGGAUGUGAUGACCCGUCCGGAAGCAACGACAUACAUCGCGGUGUCACCGAUGAUCCCCGUAAAGUGCAUAACAAGACGUACGACUAUGUGAUCGCUGGAGGCGGGCUGACCGGCCUCACGCUGGCCGCGAAACUCGUGGAGAAACACUUUACAGUGCUGGUGAUUGAAAGCGGCUUCUACGCCUGGGAGUAUGGCCCGAAGAUCGAUGAUCUCAACACCUACGGCCAGGUGUUUGGUAGCAGCGUCGACCAUGCCUACGAGACCAAGCCCCAGCUGGUGGGCAACGACGGCGAUGUUGGACUAGACAAAGACAUCAAGAUCAUCCGGUCCGGGAACGGGCUCGGGGGUUCGACACUUAUCAAUGGCGGAACAUGGACACGGCCUCACAAAUCGCAAAUCGAUUCCUGGAGCAAUGUUUUUGGGAAUACUGGUUGGACUUGGGCAGCGCUAAAGCCUAAGAUGGACGAGAUUGAAAUCCCGCGCGAUCCGGCCACAGACAAGAUUACUCCUGGCUCACUCCAUCAUUUCGAUCGCGAGUGCCAUAACAGGGAUGCGGCGAAGGGUAAAGUGAAAGUCGGCGCUCGCGAUCGGAAGUACGGCUGGUCCCCUCUGAUUGGGGCGUUGAUGAAUACAGUCAAGAAGACAUAUAGCACCGUCACGAACCAAAAGGACUUAUGUUGUGGUGACCCAACUGGGGUCUCGAUGUUCCUGAAUACGCUUACCAACGAGCAAGUCCGAACAGAUGCUGCACGGUCAUGGCUAAAGCCAAUCAUGGAUGACCCGAACCUGAAGCAAUACAUCACAGUCCUGACUGGCCAGCUCGUUGGCAAAGUUCAUCUGGACAAGAUCAAGCCCUCGACGGGAAAUGCCAAAUGGCAAGCGAAGGGGGUCGAGUUUGGGAUCCACAACAAGACGGAGUGGAAAUGGGAUGCUUGGGCCAAGAAAGAGGUCCUUUUGGCUGCGGGCUCCACGAUCUCUCCCCUCAUCCUCCAGUGGUCAGGCAUCGGCCCGAAAGCUUGGCUCAAUGAUGCGGGUAUAUCACACAAGCUCGAACUUCCGGUGGGUUAUAACCUGCAGGAUCAAACAACAACGUCCGUCGUCACGAAGCCGAAGGAUGCAGGAAAGGGCCAAGGCCAGGCCGCGUAUUUUGCAACCCUCGCAGAGGUCUUCGGCGAGGAUGCCACCUUUUUUGAAUCUAUCCUAAAAGACGAUAAACAGUUGGAGCUAAUGGCAGAGCAGACGGUCAAAGGUGGCGGCUUUCCUAAUAAGACCAAUCUCCUAAGACAAUAUAAAAACUACCAAGACUGGCUUCUAAAAGACAAAGUGUCAUACGCCGAACUUUUCCUCGAUACGGACAAUUCUACCCACUUUGACCUCUGGAACCUGAUUCCAUUUACUCGAGGAUAUGUGAAAGCAUUGGACUCAGACCCCUAUCUGCGGAGCUUUGAAUACAACCCACGAUACUUUGAGAAUAAGGUAGACUUGUACGGCCAGGCAGCUGCUACGCGACUAGCACGACAAUUGACCAACACCUUCGACAUGAAGCCGUUGGCUGAGAAAGAGCUCGUUCCCGGGAGAUACGUGCCACAGGAUGCAAGCCUGGAAGAAUGGGCCUAUUAUGUGAAACAGAACUACCGUGCGAACUAUCACGGAGUGGGUACAUGCUCUAUGAUGAAGGAGGAGUAUGGUGGCGUUGUCAACCCUGAGGCCAAGGUGUAUGGCGUGCAUGGCCUUAGAGUAGUGGACGGCUCGAUACCGCCGACACAGGUCUCUUCGCAUGUUAUGACCGUGUUUUAUGCAAUGGCUGUGAAGAUCGCUGAAUCCGUCAUUGCCGAUGCACCGAAGUCCAAGGAAUACAUGCAUUAUUAG